AUGAAUAACCAAUCAACAAUUGAAAGACUAACAUACGAAAAAUACUAUUGUAAUACAUCUUCUGUAUUUUACAUGGAAAAUGUUUGUAAUCGUUCUACAAUUUUGGAUAUUAAUUUGUCUAGCAGAGGUUUAGCAUCCCUGCCAAUAGAAGUAUUGAAUAAAUUGAUGAUAUCUCUGGAUGAUUCGGAAGUACGUUCAAAAAAAAUGGCCAGCCUGGAGUCUGACCAGCCUUUUAAUAGCUUGUCUGAGCUGGAAUAUUUAGCAAUCAGAAACCAUAAUAUAUCACAUCUUCCACAAGAUAUAUUCAACGGAUUGGUACUUCUACAUAUUUUGGAAAUAGAUUCAAAUGAAUUGACCGGUGUGGAGCUUAAUACUUUUCAUAGCUUAUCCAAACUGGAAUGUUUAACAAUCAGGAACAAUAAUAAUCUAACACAUCUUCCACAAGAUAUUUUUAAAGAAUUGACAUCUCUAACUAUUUUGAUAUUAGAUUUAAACAAACUGACCAGUCUUGAAAAUAAUAUCUUCAAUAGCUUGCCUAAACUGGAAUAUUUAUCUAUCAGUCGUAAUAAUUUAACAUCUCUUUCACAAGGAAUAUUCAAUGAAUUGAAAUCUUUAAAGUAUUUAAAAUUAAAUUAUAACAAACUAUCAAGUCUUAAAAAAAAUACUUUUCAUGGCUUGUCCAGUCUUACUAGUUUAUAUAUCAACUAUUUAGAUAUCAGUAACAAUAAUUUAACAUCACUUCGACAAAAAGUAUUCAAUGGAUUAGAAUUGUUGACUGAGUUGUAUUUACAAUCAAAUAAAUUAACAAUCAUCGAGCCCAAUACGUUCAAUACUUUGUCCGAACUUGAAUUUUUAGACAUCAGUGAUAAUAAUUUGCAAAAUUUUUCAUCAAAAGUAUUCAAUGGAUUGGAAUCUUUAACUCAAUUAUAUUUAAAAUCAAAUCAACUGAAAAUUAUCGAGGCUAAUACUUUUAAUAAAUUGGUUAAUCUAGAAGUUUUAGAUAUUAGCAAUAACACGUUGACUUCUCUUCCACAAGAAGUAUUUAAUGGAUUAAAAUCUCUAACUUUAUUGUCUUUAAAUUCAAACAAACUGACAGAUCUUGAGCCUAAUAUUUUUAAAAAUUUAAUUGAUCUUGACUAUUUGAAUAUCGGUGAUAACAGUUUAAGAUAUCUUCCACAAAAACUUUUCAGUGGAUUAAAACUUUUACGUUCAUUGUAUUUAAAUUCAAACUUAUUGACGAGUCUUCAGUCUGAUAUUUUUAAUAACUUAGCUAAUCUUAAAUUAUUAGAUAUCAGUUAA